ACGGUGGCAAGGGCGCGGGACAAGCCUGCAGAUGCACGGCGCAAGCACUUAGUCAUUUACAUCGGCUGCGCCAGCAGCGAGCGCCGCAGUUUUGUGGGCGAACCACUCUUGCGGAACCUUUCUAAACGGGGACCAAAGACCCUGGCUGCCGCUGCAAAUCCAUGUGCUGAAUCCAGUGCAAACGGUGCUGACCUUCCGCCAUGCGCUAGUGGUGGGCAGCGAUCAAGAACGAUCGAUUGAACUCGUCGGAAUGAGCCGGGAUCGGGAGCGCCGGCAAGGUCAGACGUUUGAUUUCCCUUGACCGAUCAAGUCGUGGCCAGAUGACUCUGUCUGUAACGACGUGCGGCUGCUUCUCUGCGUUUUAAGUCCAGAUUCACAAAAGCGCGCGGGCUGUGUUUUGUUGAUUCGGUGAUACUUACGACGGCUUUCAUUCUUCAAUCCCAUGUGCAGAUUUCCUCGAUUGUCCGAUACAGUGAUGUAGGGUCUUCAGCGAAAAAAAAAAGCGGGCUCCCAUUUCGUUAUUUAUGUUAUGCGCCUUGUUUGUGCCCUCAGAGAAUCACGAAGGUUUACACAACGGCUUCUUUCCAUACGGGUGCUUUUCAUAAAGCUUCCUUCAGCGAUUCAUCUUGGUGAGCUUCCAGGCCACGUGCUCGCGUGUUCUGCGUCUAGCGGCGGCCAUCUUUUGCGAGAACUGUCACGGAUCUUCCUCGCUUGCCUCUUAACACUGAGUGUAGCGUAGAGGCGCGCUGCCAAAAGCAGGUCGUAUAUAAUGUCCAACUGAGAAUAGUAUUUUGCCAACUGCAAAUUGCAUAGACAACAAUUCACUUCACCUAGCACUUCACAAACAUUUCGCAUACGAGUAUACCACCGCUUGUCACAGCUUCGAUCUACUUACCGUACGUCGAAAUAAACAGCCAUGUUGCACAUCCUGGGCAACCUCAAGAAGCUACUCAGCAUCCCCAGGGUCAGCAUCGACUGCUUCGUCUUUCGGCUCCACCACCAACUAACCGUACUCGUGCUCGUCGCGUUUGCCGUUCUGGUCACCACGAAGCAGUACGUCGGCGACCCCAUCGAGUGUGACCGCUCUUCCGGCGUUCCAGCCGGGGUCAUCAACGUCUACUGCUGGAUCCACGCCACGUACAGCAUCAAGAGUCUGUUUUCCAACGCCGACGGCAAGCGCAUAGUCUAUCCGGGAGUCGGAAACGGCGCCGACUUGACCGACCGCGCCGACGUCAAGUACCACAAGUACUACCAGUGGGUCUGCCUGAUGCUCUUCUUGCAGGCUCUGUGCUUCUACAUCCCCCGCUGGCUCUGGAAGGCGUGGGAAGGCGGGAGGCUCAAGACGCUCGUCCAGAGUCUCGAGUAUCACGUCGUACUCGAGCCCGACGUCAAGCGGCAGAGGACCGACCUGCUGGUUCGCUACCUCCUGUCGAACCUCGGCUCGCAGGACUCGUACGCCUGGAAGUACUUCGCGUGCGAAGCCAUGGCGCUGUUCAACGUGGUGUGCCAGCUCUUCUUCAUCGACCUGUUCCUGGACGGCGAGUUCCUCACGUACGGCGUCGAGGUCCUGAGCUUCGUGACCCGCGACGAGGACUACGAGGACAGGGUGGACCCCAUGGUGCGGGUGUUUCCUCGCGUGGCCAAGUGUCACUUCCACAAGUUUGGCUCGUCUGGCAACGUCGAGACUCACGACGCUGUGUGCGUGCUGCCGCUCAACAUCGUCAACGAGAAGAUCUACGUGUUCCUCUGGUUCUGGUUCGUCGUUCUGGCGGCGCUCACGGGGGUCGUUGUCAUCCAGAGGACGGUGCUGGCCUGCAGCCGAGCCCUGAGGUCGCGGGCUCUUCACUACAGGUUUCACAUGGUUCCGGCGAAAGACCUUCGCGAAGUCCUGGACAGUGGCUCCCUGGGUGACUGGUUCCUUCUCUACAUGAUGGGCCAGAACGUGGAGGCGCGGACCUUCGCCCAGGUCAUCGCGGAAUUGGCUGAACAUCUCCGGGAAGAGCCCAGCCACCGCACCUUGACUGCUGGCGACCAAGACACCGCGAAAAUGAAAUAUGGCUUGGUCCCAGUGCAGGACGUUUGAUUGUAUACACUGUAAACUAAUUUACACCCUUAAUGAUGCAAAAAAAGUGUAAACCGGUGUCUAACUUGCACCCCCACACCCGGAAUGGUGCAAGCGUGGGAGUUAUAGACCAAGUUACACCCUUCAGAAUCCUUAAGAGUGUAAAUUAGUUUACAGUGUACUGCCUUAGUAAAGCAGUAUAAGUGAAAGCAACUUACACGCCUGCACCCGGAAGGGUGCAAGUUUGGGAGUUAUAGACCAAUAUACACCCUUAUGGAGUCCUUAAGAGUGUAAAUUUGCUUACUUGUAGUGUACUGCCUUAGUAAAGCAGUAUCAGUAAAAGCACCGUGGUUUGACAGCACGGUCACAGAAAGUAAGGACGCAGACACAAAGCGCUGUGUAUACGUGUGUCCUCAUUUUCCGUGUACAUGUUUUCCAAGAGCACCGGUCUUUAACCUAGUCAUGAACAACCGACUAAACUCGCAGAAUAUCUUAUAUGGCAAUGAGGGGAAAGAUAUACAAGGGCGGAGCUUCUGCCGAUGUGUUCCAGCGCUAAAUACAGCCCGGCGGAGUUUGACAGCGCUUUCUAUUUCGGCAUUGAGUUAACUUAGGUACUUUAGCUGUAGUCUACAGUUAGGUGUAGUAUAAUUAUGUUUCGGUUUCUCGGAGCAAAUACCUAAUCAGCGUCGCUUGCUAUUUGCGACGGUUUCGGAUUUGCUAAAACGCGGAAGCGUAAAGCGAAGACAUAAAACUGAUAUUUGGCAAUCAGGGGUGUAUUUUACGUGCUCAUAUAAGUGAUGUAGUACAAGGGUUGUUUAUGUUUUCUGUUCCCAAGCAUAAACGAACGAGAAUGAGACUGCGGACCUAUUUUCAGGAGCAUUUAUCCAUUUCGUAGCUUUCCUUUCAUUGUCACAGGAAGUUGACCAACAGUACACAGCCUGUCAAUGGUUGCCUCGCACACUCAUCAAGGAGCCUGCUUUCGCAGAACACAGCGCAAGUUGUUUGUUUGUUUGUUUGUUUGUUUGUUUGUUUGUUUGUUUGUUUGUUUGUUUGUUUGUUUGUUUGUUUGUUUGUUUGUUUGUUUGUUUGUUUGUUUGUUUGUUUGUUUGUUUGAUUGAUUGAUUUGACGAUCAAGCUGACGUCGUGACUUUCAGUACGCUUGACAACGCAGCAACCGGUGCCUACGCGUAACCAACGCUGUUUUGCCUCACUUUCCGACUGAGCGCGCAUGGACUAUCUGUGAUGGAUUCUGUUGGACGCAUUAACGAAUUUUGUUUUAGCGCGUGUGCUUUUGGUCGGUGAAUCUGCUGCUUCCGCGAGGUAAACGGAUGGAGAGCUGGUGAGUGGCCGGACACCUUAAACAUUCGGUGGCAGUGUUCAUUAGGAUGUGCGCAGCCCGCUUCAGUGAUGCAUCAGGAGCAAAUACAGUGGAACCUGGAUAUAACGAAUUAUUGUGUAUAACGAACAGCAGUACAAUCCCCUCGAAACUUUUUGUAUAAACGUUUUAUUUGAUAUAUCGAAUUAUCUAUAUAUCGAACUUUUUUGUGAUCCCCUUCAGGUUCGAUAUAAACGGAAAAUCUUUGCAUUACUCAGUAAUUUAGUGCCGUCACCACUGCCAACACUUGAUGUA